CAUAACUCUCAAGUCUCAACUCUAAAACCCUAAAUUGUUCGGCUGGUUUCAGAAAUAAAUUUUUAUUCUUUCAAUUCGAUUAUUUGUUUUUCAGAUUAGUAGAUUUCUGAGCUUAAAAUGUGUGGUAAGAAGAGAAGUUCUGAAUCAAGUUCUGAUGAUGAAAUAAUAGAAGAAGCAGAAGAUCUAAUUCUCACUUCAGAUGAUGAUGCUUCUGGUGAUGAACAAGAAGAACCUAAAACUGUUUCUCCAAAACCCAAAAAGAAAUCAUUGAAAACAAAAGAAGAAGAUGAUACAGAACCAUCACCAGCAGCUGCAGCUCCUGUAUCUGUUAAACCCAUGGAAAGAAGAAAGAAAAGAAAACUAAUGUAUAUAGAGAGACACAAAACUGAAGAAAAAAAGGGUGAAAAUUCCCAAAGUGCAGGCAAACACUGAUGCGGCCGUUGCCUCAUCAUCAUCGAGUUCCAAACUGGUGUUUCAUAUUAGUGUUUUUAAUGAUUUAGCAUCUGUUGAUUCAUCGAUCAGAGAGGCAGCAACUGAAACAUUAGUUACAGAGUUAAGAGAUGUUCAAAAGGAGUAUAAUUUGGUGGAGAAGAAAGGGGGUGAUGAUGGUGGUGGUGAUGGGUCUCAAUUAGAAGCUGAAAAGAAGGAUGGGUUGGAUAAUUGUGCUUCUUCUUUGAGAUAUGCUAUUCGUGGAGUUUCUUCUUCUAGAGAGUGUGCUAGACAAGGCUUUGCGUUGAGGUUGACUGUUGUUCUUAAAACAAUUCCUGAUGAAGUUAAUAACGGAUAUACUAGAAGUUAAUUCAUCAAUGAAGGGACAGGAAGCAAAGGACUGUCUAUUGGGUCGACUCUUUGCUUAUGGUGCUAUUGCAAGAUCAGGACGUGUAGCUGAAGAAUGGAUCUCUAAUAACGAUACACCUUAUGUUAAAGAAUUUACUAGCUUGGUUAUCGCUCUUGCUUCUAAGAAACGGUACUUGAGAGAACCAGCUGUCUCUCUGAUUAUGGAUUUAGCUGAAAAGGUACACGUUUCUGUUUUCAGCAUUUGUGCACGAAAAUGGAUUUCAUCUGACUGCCUCUUCUUGUGUUCUAUUUGUAACGUGUGAGAAUUUCAUACAUCCAACUCUUUGUGUUCUAUCCUGUAAAAUAGAUUAUCAAUGUUUUAGAGCCUCUAUUUACUGAUGAGAAAGCACUACUGUUGGAUUGUCCAUGAUUCGUAUUGAUGUUCCCUUUUAACCUAGCUGACUGCAUUUCUAUCUGUUUAUAUGACUUAAAAACAUAUUUUACCAUCAAUUUUUCCCACCCGAGCGUACGAAACAAAGGCAUAGCCUCUACAGUUUUAUCACUUAAAAAAGUGAACAGCAUUGAGUUGGAGAUUAAGUCUCCCAGUAGAGUCAGCGGUUCUGCCUGGCCUACAUCUUUGGCUGAUGUUCUGUAAGCUCUUUGCUUAAUGCUUAUCCAAAUUCCAGCAUACUCAAACAGUAUAACAAUUGAGACUAGUUGAGCAAUUUGAAAAACACUUGAGAUAUUGUUUGUGUUUGUUUGAUGGGCUAGAUUCCUGCUAAUAUUCCUGCUAAUUUUACUCUUUUUUUCUUGUUACCUCUGGUAGCUUCUUAAUAAUAUCUCUCUUUCAAAAAAUAAAAAUAAAAAAAAUAAAUGAGUUUCUUAAAGAAUCCACGGUAGGUGGUACUUGGUAACAAAGUCCAAGUGAAAAAAGGAAUUCUUGGAUUCCAUUUUAUGUGGGAAACUAAUCAAAACAUCAGUUUCAAUGACAUUGUAAUAACUGAUCAAGUUUUACCUUGUAGCUUCAGAAUGUGCAGUUCUUAUUGUAUUAGCAUUAAUCAAUGACAGAAAAGAUGUAGUCAGGUAAAGUAACUAGCUAGUAUUAGCAUGAAGCUAAAGCUCAUUAAUUUCCAAUCUAAAAAUGGAUCACUAAUUAAUAUGAUCUCCCUCUAUUAUUUGUGAACUAACUCAACUUCUUUAAAGCUAAAGCUUUCUCUUUCGGGAUUAUUCUCUUGUCCUGCAUUACUCCAUUCUAUAAAUGAAUUUCUUUUCUCUUUUUCUUCUUCUUUUUUUUAUGAUGAUUUUAAGAGUUGUUUUCAACUAAGCACUACCACAGAGGGCUAAUUUCCAAUCUAAAAAUGGAUCACUAAUUAAUAUGAUUCCCCUCAAUUAUUUACGAACCAACUACUUCAAAUCCAUUAAUGUACAUUAGUUUUCCCUUUCGGGAUUAUUCUCUCGUCCUGCAUUACUCCAUUCUACAAAUGAUUGUUUUUUUUUUUGUUGUUGAUGAUUUUAAGAGUUGUUCUCCACCAAGACAGUGCCAAGGUUCCACUCUCUUUCUACAAAACUUAUAUUCCUCAGUGAAACCCAUGUUUCUCUCUCUCUAAGAUAUUUGUUUCAUUUUUGUUGGUGAGUUUCAAGAGCAAAUUUCUGUUGUUCUCUCUAUUUUCCUUGCUUACAAAGAAAAUGGUACAAAUUGUAGAAAUUGAAGAUCACACCACCGUUACUGUUAAUGAUGAAGCUUGUCCUGCUCCUCCACUUGGGACUCCUACUCGAGCUCAACCACGUCACAUAAACAAACCUAGAAGGAUUGAACCAGCAAAACAAAAAGUGGAUACUGAGGAACAAGUCAAUAUUUACAGUACCGAGGAUUGGAAAGACUCUUUGGAUGACAUUGGCAAAGGUGGCCUGGGUUUAGGGACCGUGGCAUUGAUUGGAUUGACUGUGACCAGUACUCUACAAAGGAGCAUCGAUACUAGAGAUGAAUGCAAUACAGGCCCGGAUGCAAUGCUAGAUAUAUUGAAAAUGGGAGGUAUGGGUUUCUGUUUCGUAACCAUUUCACUUAGUGUUUCAAUAGCAACAAAAAUGAUCGCAAGGAAAUACAAGAGUAAGAACCAGGAGCUAUUCAAGAGAAGAGUUUUUAGAUCUGGGGUGAUGAUAUCUGCUCUUGCCGUUGUGCUAGGAUUAUCAUGUUUGGGUUUUUAUUUCCGUGACUUUUUUGAGGUUCGCUUAGGACGUCGUGGUGCAUUCAUGACCAAUAUGUUCUUGGCAUGGGGAGGUUUAGGGGGUCUUAUGAUUCUAGGGGCAGCUUCUUUUGCCUUCCUUACUUGUUAGGUUUCAUGUAAUCCAUAUCUUAUACUUAAACCCUUGAAUCACUAUUAUUCUGGCAGGACAGAUUGUUACUUCACUAUUAUGUAAUUGGAGAUUUUCUUACUCUUGGUUGA